AUGGCGUCAUUCGUUCCGGAGCAAGAAGAGAUGGACAAGCGAUCCAGCGCACUAGUGGCGCCACUGAACAUACAAAAGUCACCAAGGAGGUCGCGGUCGCGUGUAGGCCGGGGCGUUUUUGGUCACAGCAGGCAGUCGUCAUCGAGAGGAACUCUAUCAAGCCGGUCGCAAUCGCAGAUAUCGCCUCCUCUAACACCCAAGACCUCCAGCGAAGCCAUGGCUCAACAACAACAACAACAACAACAACAACAACAACAACAGCAGCAGCAGCAGCAUCCUCAACCCGUCUUCCACAACUACCUCCGCGCAUUUUACCACUAUAGCCCGAGCUCAACAGUAUCCUCGUCAACGGACGAGUCGUCCAUCACCGUCGCCAUCAACCAAGGCGACGUCAUCCUUGUCCACUCUGUUCACCCCAAUGGUUGGGCUGAUGGUACACUCUUAGCUUCAGGGGCCCGCGGGUGGCUGCCCACCAACUACUGCGAACCUUAUGACAACCCAAUAAUUCGAAAUUUGCUGACCGCGUUAACAUAUUUGUGGGAUUUGGUGCGCGACGGAGAGAAUGGCGAUCUCGGUGCAUUCUCGAGACAAGACUACGUCAAGGGCAUGAUUGUUGGCGUGCGCCUGUUCCUUGAAAGGACAGAGUGCUUACAGAAAGAUUCACGCCUCAUCCUCACCCAUGUAAGCUUACGGCGCAUGCGGAAAGCUCUCUUGGGAGAUUUGUCUACACUAGUCAAGACAGCCAAGACCUUGCAAGAGGCCCUGCAAUCGAACGAACUCCAGGUUCCCGUGUUUGAGCACAUGGACGAGCUUGUUUUCAAAUCUUUCAAGCUGGUUACCCGGGCCGUCCGGUUUCUUGACAUCUGGACAACGGACGCAGUGGCGUUGUCACUUUUCGAGCUUGGCGACGCAAGUAGUCACCGACCACUCACCCCCCCGUCCGACUCAGCCGACGCUGCUGUACAACCAGCAGCAACAUCAUCUCCUUCCGUCGAAGACAGACUCUCAGCGAACGGCUGUGACUCUCCGGUUACUCAAGGUGCACCCUCGGCGCAAGACGACUGGUACAACGCGACCGCUCAGCCCCAACGAAACCUGAGCCGCAUAUCCGUUGCCUUUUCUUUGCCCUCAGAGCCAGACUCUCUUCAAUCAUCAAUACUUCCUUCGCGCUCCUCAGUCCAGUCGAAACGUAUCUCUGUGACGCAUCGGUUGUCGUAUACCGGCAAAUCAGCAAGCGCGCGUAGAGGAAAUCUAGCCACGGAGAAGCUCAACGCCGCGCAUGACGCUUUUUUGGGCUACAUUGGUUCUUUUAUUGGGUUGCACCUGCAAUCACGAUCUUCCGAAGAGCUCGCUCAGAUUACCCAACACUCUGUUAUCGCGUGUCGCCAACUCCUGAAAGUCGUUGAAGAAGUAUGGGAACGAGACUCGCGAAGAUCCGAACAGCUGGAAGAAGCACGAGACACCAUGUACACCCGCUUGACCGACCUAGUGCAGGCGACCAAGGAUAUGUUCGUCAAUGCCGACACAGACGUUGUAGAAGUGGUAGCGCCCGAGGCAGGGAAACAGAUCGUCGCUGCUGCUACAAGUUGUGUUCGUUCUGCUGGUGACUGUGUUACUAAGGCUAGGGUUGUGAUUGAGAGAAUUGGGGAUUUCGAGUUUGAAGCCGAACCGGCCGGCCUAGGGCUGUCAGGGACCAUGUUUGAUGAGCCCGAUUCAGAGAACCAACAGUCGAUCGCUAGGCCCGUCUCGCCAAAGCCCACGGAAGUCGUUCUUGAGACGAAUAAACCACUGCCCGCUACGCCAGUUGAGGAACAUGAGAUGCCCCCGCCACUAGUCAUCUCAGAGUCGAAGCCACUUCCCGAAGUGCCGCAGCCGUCACCUCUGGAAACCAACAGGCUCAGCCUUCAACCGUUAUCUCAGCCUGUAAUCGUCGAAAGCCCGACUGCAGUGUCGUUCAGAUCGUCUCGGUCAUCGUUGCCUCCCCUGAACGCGAUACCUGUUCCGUCAUUACCUCCACCCCACGCAUCUGACUCCGUCGAGAGUCCUAUGAGCACGACUCAAGGAAGUCUCGCCGGUUCCACCAAGACCGACAGCGUCUACGUUUCUGUGAACGAUGGAAGCAGCACCUAUUUCAGUGCCCAAGGCGAUUCUGGAAGCAUCCUGUCGCAUACUUCCACGCGUGCUACUACCCCAGAUCAUUCGCCUACGAAGAAAGAGAGUUGCCAAACCUUGAUCAGCAGCUUUGGCAGUUCCUCCGAGCUUCGGUCUUUAGCAAGUGAGGAUGUUGCCGCUGGCGAAGAGCACUUGCUGGAGACUACCUAUGUGCAUGAAUUGAUCUACAACAAGGAAGGUCAAAUCUCCGGCGGUUCCCUUCCAGCGCUUGUAGAGCAGCUGACCACUUUCGAGUCUACCCCAGACGUCCUCUUUGUCAACGCAUUCUAUCUCACUUUCCGCCUCUUUACUACACCGCUCGAUUUGGCACAGUGUCUUAUCGACCGUUUUGACUACAUCGGCAGUAGUCAGACCGUCGGUGUUCCGGUCCGUCUCCGUGUCUACAAUGUCUUCAAGGGUUGGCUAGAAAGUCACUGGUGUGGCGAGAGUGACUCUGCUGCCUUGGGCGUGAUCCUCGCGUUCGCUACUGGAAAGCUCAGGGCGGCCAUGCCCGCCGCUGGCAAAAGACUCGCUGAGCUUACUUCGAAGGUGACAGAAGUAAGAGCCGGCGCUCUCGUACCUCGCUUAGUAUCUUCGAUCAGCAAGACGGGUGCUUCAAACUCAACCUUCACCCUUGCUGACAGCAACGUUCCGUCGCCAAUUGUGACUAAGAGCCAACUCAACGCCUUACGAGGUAGUAAAGAGGGCAGGACGCAAUGUAGCAUUCUGGACUUUGAUCCUCUAGAACUUGCCAGACAGUUUACUAUUAUCGAGUCUAGACUCUUUUGUGCCAUUCAGCCUGAGGAGCUUCUUGCCCUGGAAUGGACGAGGAAGAAGGGUUCAAAGGCUCGCAAUGUCAAAGCCAUGUCAACUCUCUCGACCGACCUGGCAAACUUGGUCGCAGACACCAUCCUACAGCUCGAAGAUGCAAAGAAACGCGCAGUCGUUAUCAAACAAUGGAUCAAGGUUGCGGCGAAGUGCUUGGAGCUCAACAAUUAUGACUCACUAAUGGCCAUCAUCUGCUCGCUCAACUCUUCGAUGGUCAUGCGCCUCAAGCGUACUUGGGAGCUUGUAUCCGCAAAGACGAAGGCUCGCCUAGACGAACUCAAAGCGAUCACAGACGUGGGACGCAACUAUGCUGUACUCCGACAGCGUCUGCAGAACCAUAUCGCGCCAUGCAUUCCAUUCGUUGGCAUCUACCUUACCGAUCUCACGUUUAUCGAUGUCGGAAAUGGCACCACCCGACAGCUUCCUGGUGACUCUGGCUCUGACAGCGUCUCCGUCAUCAACUUUGACAAACACAUGAAGACAGCCAAGAUCAUUGGCCAGCUUCAAUCAUUUCAAGUCCCUUAUCGGCUAGCUGCCAUCCCAGAGAUGCAGGACUGGAUGGAGAGCCAGAUCCAGCGGAUGCACGCAAGCGAUCAGGCCAACGUCCAAAGCUACUACCGUCGAUCGCUGCUUCUCGAACCGCGAGAGGUUCAGCACUCUGUGAGGGGCUCACCAUCCAUCGACAACAGUGCGCAAAGCACCUUUUCGGCAGAAAGCCGAACCAAUUCGAAGGACAAAUUCGAGUUUCUCAACUUCAACUUCUCCACCGCGAACCUGAAGGGUUCAUAG